AUGCCACCACCUGCCGUUGUGUUAUCGUGGGGGCAAUUACGCCGCGCAGGUCUGUUUCCCGUUGCGACAACAGGAAGCUGUUCCCACAGCUACCGCUGCGCGGUGCGUGUGUUCGGUUACUCUGCCUACGACAGCAUCCGGAAGCCACCCAAACGGUGUGCAGGCUCGUCUUCGUCACCUGCCACAACAACAACAACACCAACAGGCGGCGACGGCACGACGAGUAUCAGGCGGCGCAGUGGCGCUGGUAUGCGUCCUGCCCAGUCCCCAACGGAGAAGCAGCGGGAGGCGAAGCAAAUAUUCCCCGAAACGCUCAAGAGUGGUCGCUACAAGCAACAGAGUACGCGAGCGCAGCGGCUCUACGAAGGGCCGGCGUCGCCCAGCGCGUCCGCGGCCGACACACGCUUCUUCCGCAAGCUUGAGGACUACCGCGAGGUGCAGGACAGCGACCCGUAUGCCAGUGUCUUCGGCGAGAAGGUGUCAGUGGAGCGGCGGCGGGUGAAGGAGUGGCAACGGCAGUUCGAGGAGGAGAAUGCGGACGUGGAGCUCCCGUACGAGCGCACCAACAUCCUUGCGCGACUCGCACCCAACUGGUUCGUGCGUUGCUUUGUGAAUAUGCGUGACCGCGGUGGUGCCGAGAGCACAGGCUUUUUGUGGGCAAUUGGCAUCAGUGCGGUGGUGCUGCUGUGGCUCGUUGGGUAUCUCUUUUACACGCCGCCGAGCAAGGCAAAGCCUAUCGCAGAGCUUCGAUGA